AAUAAAGUUUGGAGCAAACGAACGCUGUGAUUGGCUGCUGAAUGUGAUCAAUACCUGAAUCAGCUGAUCAGAAGUGACUUCCUGUCUCCAGGCCGCAGCAUGGAGCGCUCCGGCAGCAUCCAGCUCGACGUUCCCGACUUCAGUAACUCGGUCCUGUCCCACCUGAACCAGCUGCGUGUUCAGGGCCGCCUCUGCGACAUCGUGGUCAACGUGCAGGGCCAGAGCUUCCGCGCCCACAAGGUGGUCCUCGCCGCCAGCUCGCCGUACUUCCGGGACCACAUGUCUCUGAGCCAGAUGAGCACCGUGUCGCUGACGGUGAUACGCAACCCGUCGGUGUUCGAGCAGCUGCUGUCCUUCUGCUACACCGGCCGCCUCUGCCUGCAGCUCGCCGACAUCAUCAGCUACCUGACGGCCGCCAGCUUCCUGCAGAUGCAGCACAUCAUCGACCGCUGCACGCAGAUCCUGGAGGGCAUCCACCUGAAGAUCAGCCUGGCGGACCUGGACGAGGAGCCCGCGGAGGAGGAGCGCGGCUCCAGGGGCGCUAGGACCCUGGAGGCCGUGGUGAGAGCGGGCGGGCAUCACGCCGGCCUGCGGUUGCUCGGCACGCGAGGAGGCGCGGAGGCGUGCGAAGCCAUCAGUCCCGCGGAGGAGCCGCUCAGCCCUCCUCCCACCGUGGAGCACAGCGGGCUGGAGGGGCCCGGCGCCCCCGGCGGCAGAGCGGGGAAAGAACCGAUCCUUCGCAUCAACCGGGCCGGGCAGUGGUACAUGGAGACGAGCAGCGAGCCGGAGCGCGCCGGCAGCGCCGAGGAGGCCGGCGUCGUAGACGGAAUCAGGAUCAAGACGGAGAGGAUGGAGGACUGGAUGGGAGCGGAGGAGCAGCAGGAGGAGGGAGGACCGGUGGAGGAAGGAACCACCGUGAUGAUCGACACGUCGGGACGCAGCACGCUGGUGACGGGAGCGCUGGGAGCGACACGGAGCGUCCAACCGUCCAGCAGCUUCAGCGAGACGGACAGGUUCAGUCCCACCGGCAGCGUGGUCGUCCUGGCGGAGCGUCAGAGGGCGAAGAGCGAGUCUCCCAGCAGAGUGGACGAGCUGCGACAGCCGAGCUCACAGGGGGAGGAGCAUGCAGCGUUUGAUAUGGGCGGCUAUGAGGACUACCUGAGGGAGCAGGUAGGAGACCGCUGGUUCCGUUACAACCCUCGUCUCACCUGCAUCUACUGCUGCAAGUCCUUCAACCAGAAAGGCAGCCUGGACCGCCACAUGCGGCUCCACAUGGGCAUCACGCCGUUCGUCUGCCGCAUCUGUGGCAAGAAGUACACCCGCAAAGACCAGCUGGAGUAUCACAUCCGCAAGCACACCGGCAACAAGCCCUUCCACUGCCACGUCUGCGGCAAGAGUUUCCCCUUCCAGGCCAUCCUCAACCAGCACUUUCGCAAGAACCACCCCGGCUACACGCCACAGGAAGCCCACAGCGCCUCCCCGGAGACCACCACCACCUCCGUCACGUCCCGGGGCGGCCCGAGCGACGAGGCCUCCCCGAGCCAGGAGGAGCCUGAGGGGGGAGGCAGCGGCGGCGGCGGAGGCCAGUACGGCGAGGGCACCCAGGCCUCGGUGUCCACCACAGGGCCCGACUGACCCCGAGGAGGGAGUCGGGGGGGUACAGGUCAGGUUGGGGGUGCAAACGUGGAGGGCCGGUCUGAUCCUGUCGCACCUGAAGCCGACAGGAAGCCGCUGAAGUCAAAGCAGCGACAGAAACAGACGCCUCAGAGUCAGAACUGAGAUUUUUCCGCUUUAAACCGCAUCUACCUUCACUAACCAAACGGAACAGAUUAAGCUAAAUGAAGAAAUGCCACACAGUCCAACAACCUCAUACACCACACGAUGCAGUGGGUCUUUGCCUCCGUCUACUUUAUGUUACAGAUUUCUACUUUUAUAUUUACAGGUGUUACAGGUUCACAAAGCAGCAUCACAACAGUCUGUCUGGUGGAAACUUUGCCAAACUUCUCAGUGCCAGUUCAACAUUUCAGAUCCUUAAUAUUUGCUUGGAGACAAUCUGGAGCCGCCGGGUUAGUAAUAAUAAUCCGGUUCGCUCUUCAAGUGCCACAACGGCCUCAAAACUCUCAGUUGCACAAAAAAGGUUCAAUGACAAAAACUACGACUGUUAAAGUUCA